AUGGUUCAACUGCCAGCAAUCCAUUUCAAUGAACUCAGUCCGCAGUCGUUCCAGGAGUUCUCCGUCCCGCGAUGGGACGUACACAGCCCAAGUCCGCCUCAAGGCCUUCCAGCAGCCAGUGCCAGCUAUUUACCGCUGGCACCAGCAUCUAGUUCAUACUCUAUAAGCCACCAUGAAGCGGAAACCGAGCGACAGAUUAUAUCAAAUCAAGAAAAGAUUAUCUCCGCGCCUCUGGAUUAUCUCGUGAGUCUACCAGGCAAAGACAUUCGCGGAAAGCUCAUCUCCGCCUUCAACGAAUGGUUCAAGAUACCCGAGGAAAAAUUGGAGAUCAUCAAGCGUGUAGUAGGGCUGCUCCAUGUGGCUUCGCUUCUGAUCGAUGAUAUCCAGGACUUUUCCAAGCUCCGACGUGGUUUUCCUGUCGCACACAAUAUCUUUGGCAUCGCGCAAACAAUAAACUCAGCCAAUUACGCUUAUUUCCAAGCUCAGAAGGAGGUGCUCGAGCUGGGCAAACCGAAAGCGGCUGAGAUCUUUACGGAGGAGCUUCUCAGACUCCACCUAGGCCAGGGUAUGGACCUUUACUGGAGAGACUCUCUCACCUGUCCCACGGAAGAGGAGUACCUCGACAUGGUGGCCAACAAAACCGGGGGGCUGUUCCGGCUUGCAAUCAAACUGAUCCAGCUAGAGAGUGACAGUGAUAAGGACUGUGUACCAUUGAUCGAUCUGCUCGGGAUAAUUUUCCAGAUCAGAGAUGAUUAUCAGAAUCUCCAGAGCGAUGUGUAUACCAAGAACAAAGGCUUCGGUGAGGACAUCACCGAGGGCAAGUUCUCCUACCCAAUCAUCCACAGUCACCGCAGCGACCCAGAUAAUUGUCAGUUGGUGAACAUUCUCAGACAGAAGUCCGAAGAUGAGAGUGUGAAGCGGUACGCGAUUCAGAUUAUUGAGUCUACUGGCAGUUUCGAAUACACUAGGCAGAAAUUGGUGACCCUCACGGCAAAGGCUAGAGACAUGCUGGACAAUCUUGGAUAUACAAAGAAUUCGUCAGGGCUAACGAGCAUUCUGGAGUUUCUGGAACUUAAACAAUAA